GGUUCUUUCUCCCUCCUCCUCCUCCUCCUCCUCCUCCUCCCUUUGAGCAUCCUUCGCAAGCCGCAGUGGCUAGCGGCAGCAUCCAUGGCCUAACCGCGCACGGCCCAGCGUCAGACGGGCGAGGGCCGCCGGGAAUCUAAACACAGCCUCGGGAACGCCGCCUCUUCCUUUCGGGUGUUUCGGUGUGCCUGCCGGGGGGCCGCGACCUUGUCCUGUCGUCGCAGGCUUUUAGGAGAGAGAGGAAUGCGAAUCUGCAAACAUGAUGGAAGGACUGAAAAAGCGAACCAGGAAGGCUUUCGGGAUGCGAAAGAAAGAGAAGGACACCGACUCCACGGGUUCACCAGACAGAGAAUCGGGGUCACAGACGCAGAAGAAGAGUAACGGAGCUCCCAAUGGCUUCUACGGCGAGAUCGACUGGGACCGAUAUAACUCGCCCAUGGUGGAUGAUGAAGGAUACAGCAUCAGGCCAGAUGAAGACGGAGCGACCCCUAAUGAAAAGUCACACUUCUUCUCCUCGAGCGAGUCGGAGGAAGAGGAGGACCACCGCAAGAAGUUCAAGAUCAAGAUCAAACCUCUGCUUGCAGACAGCAGCGACUUCGUGUCUCCAUCUGUGGAUGAGCUGAAAGCCUCUAUAGGAAACAUAACUCUGUCCCCAACGCCCAUGAGACGUAGUCCGGGUCUGGCAAACAAAGACAGACAGAAUGAAGAAAUAGCUCGACCCAGACGUUCUGUUCCUACUGUAACUCCGGCCUCCGUCCCCUCACCUGUACCUGCACCCCAACCUCCCAGCAGUAAGAAAUCUCCAGUGCCGGAGGAUGCGACAGCUUUGUUUGGUCCUCCACUCGAGACAGCAUUUGAUGAGCAGAAGUCUGAAGUGAUGAUAGAAGAACCUGAGGUUUGGGGCGCUGCUUUACACGAACCAAACCCAGACUUGUCUGUAGGAAGAUCUUUUCCUUCAGAACCUCUCCCUCCGCUUCCGACCAAGAAUGUGCCAACUGCUCCUCCUCAAAUCAACUCUCCAAGUUCAGACACUACCGAAGAAAUAGAAGAGAAUGAUUCGGGGAAGCCCAGCAGGCCCUCGAUAGCAGAUCUGGACAACAUUUUCGGCCCUGAAGACUCCACCGUACCGGGAGACCCCGCCUCAGACAAGUGGGUUUGCUUCGGUGACGUGUCACCUGAAAGACUUCCUCCACCGGAAGAGCCUGCGCCUCCUCUACCGAAAAACGAGCCUGGACCUCUUUUACCAAACUCCUUUCCUCCACCGGAAGAGCCUGCACCUCCCUCAAACAAAUCCUCACCUCCAUCAGAAGAGCCGGCACCUCCUUUACGAAAAUCUCCACCCCUACCAGAAGAACCAACACCACCUUUACCAAAAUGUUCUCCUCCACCAGAGGAGCCUGCACCCGCUUCACCUGAAGAACCCGCCCCUCCUUUCCAUCCAGUCCAACCACCAAAAACAUCACCAUCUCCUCCCACUAUAUCACCCAAAGAUACCAAUCCGUUACCCACCACAGUCCCACUUUCCCCAGAUGAAAAAGUCCUACCUUCACCAGAUCCACCACCCCCACCCAGUGCUGAAUCCCAGCAGCCUGUUCCUGAUACAGACCCAGUGUGUGGUUUCAUUAAAACCCCACCCAGUGCUCCAGAGACGAACGUGUGUACGAUCACGUCGCCACUCGACCUCAACCGGGACGCUACCGAAAACCCCGAGGACGCCCAUCCCAAAGACGACCCGAAUGAGAGCGCCACUUCGCCCAAAGAGAUCGGUCAGGAUAACAGAUCUACACCUCCACCUCCGCCACCUCCUACGUACAGAGCGCUGGUGUCGUCACCUGGACCCACACCCACAGCCACGAGUGGAGGCGACGACAGUGGCUCCUCCUCCCCAGUCAGACCUGCAACACCAUUAUCUGCCAGCAGUCCUCCACCCCCACCUCCACCACGGCCACCGUCACGUCCCAAACUGGCCUCUGGGAAGGCAGGAGUAGGGGAUGUGAACCGGCCCUUCAGCCCGCCGACUCACUCCUCCAGCCCUCCGCCGCUGGCACCCCUGGCCCGAGCCGAGAGCACCUCCUCCAUCUCCUCCACCAACUCCCUGAGCGCCGCCUCCACGCCCACUGUCGGUAAAGAGCUCUCCGUGUCUGUGUCAGAGGACGAUGCUUUUGUAGACAAACUGCCCAGCUUUGAGAGGCGAGCUGAUCUCAUAGCAGAGACCGACCAGCCCUCGCUCGUAUGGUUUGACAGAGGCAAGUUUUAUUUAACCUUCGAAGGCUGUUCUCGCGGACCCAGUCCCCUCACCAUGGGCGCUCAGGACACGCUACCAGUGGCCUCAGCGUUCACCGAGACCGUCAAUGCUUACUUCAAAGGAACCGAUUCCAGCAAGUGCGUGGUGAAGAUCACUGGCGAGAUGGUUCUGUCCUUCCCGGCUGGCAUAACCAGACAUUUUGCCAAUAACCCCACGCCUGCGGUGCUACGUUUCAGCAUAACCAACUACAGUCAUCUGGAGCACGUCCUCCCCAACCCACAGUUACUGUGCUGUGACACCACCCAGUCCAAACCCAACUCCAAGGAAUUCUGGGUAAACAUGCCCAACCUCAUGACCCACUUGAAGAAGGUGGCUGAACAGAAGCCACAGGCCACGUACUACAACGUGGACAUGCUGAAAUAUCAGGUAUCAGCACAGGGUCUUCAGUCCACUCCUUUAAACCUGGCCAUGAGCUGGAGGUGCGAACCCACCAGCACGGAUCUGAGAAUAGACUACAGAUACAACGGCAGUGCCAUGACCACGCCCAUGGCUCUUAAUAACGUCCAGUUCCUCGUCCCCGUGGAUGGAGGAGUCGGUCAGCUGCAGGCCGUCCUUCCUCCUGCUGUCUGGAACGCAGAGCAUCAGAGGAUCCUGUGGAAGAUUCCGGAUAUCUCUCAAAAAUCAGAGAACGGAGGUGUCGGUUCACUGCUGGCACGGUUUCAGCUCAAUAAUGGUCCCAGUAAGCCGGCUCCUCUGGCCGUACAGUUCACCAGUGAGGGCAGCACGCUGUCGGGCUGCGACAUCGAGCUGCUGGGCUCCGGGUACAGGUUCUCCCUCAUCAAAAAGAGAUUUGCUGCAGGAAAAUAUCUAGCGGACGUCUAAUCAGAACCACGACCCUUCUCAGAGGAGCGUGUCUUAACGGACUGAACCAAAACGACUCCGAUCUCUGCCUGACCCCGUGGAGAAUCCCUUUACAGACGUCGACGCCCCGGCAGUAUUGUACAUGUUGCGUAUGAAAGUCGUGGACCGUUUUAGGGUGUACUCCUCGUAUUUGUAAAGUGUAAACAUGUCAGAACUGUUAUCGCCGCUGUUAGACAGCGCAGGUUUUCCCUCGUGAUUGGCCACUCGUCCGUCCUAACUGUGGCUGCCUGAAUUCUGGGCGUUUCCUGCGGGUUCCCUGUGAGUACAGAACGGUGGUAAUAUGGGAUUACUCCUGAUUCCAAACUUUAAAACCUUUAUAACCCUUUCCUAGCCCACGGACAGCCCCGGCGGCCUGGACUGCAUCGCAGUCGCGAUCUUUCGGCCAACACGGCUGGACCGUAGGUGGAACUCCCUACAUAUUAAUCCACAGGUCAUUGCUGCUGACCCCUACUGAUCAAUAUUUAGGAAGUGUGUCCUACCUGUAUGGUAGUUAUAGAUUAAUUUUCGGUCAUUUCUGUGGGUGGGCAUACAUUUUUAUUGGAUAGAUAAACCACACAGAAACUGCAUCAUCAGUCGCUGUGUCCUGGUCAGGGUUGCGGCAUGCCCGGUUCCCUGGAUAGGGUGCCAAUCCAUUGUUCAGACAUAGCCAGUCGUGUCUGUAUGAUGCCCGUCUGCCACAUCAACAGCAGCUCCAAGCAAUUAUUAGAUGUUUAAUUAGAUAAAAUAACAAAGGGACAAAAAUAAUAAAGACAUAAUAAUAAUAUAUAUGAUAAACUCAAUGGUACUAUAGUAAAAUACAGUAUUAAUAUUAAUA